AUGACGCCUCGAUUGUCCCAUAGAACAGUCGUUUUACCUCACAUGAUAAAGUUCCUGCCAAAGCUUCCAGUUGCAGGUGAACUACCAAGGGUUUAUGGCUUUGACUUGGACCACACCUUAAUAAAACCAAAAUCGGGAGGUAGGUUUGGCCGUUCAGCUGAUGACUGGAUGUUUAUGUCAUACGCCUUGAAAAGCGACAGAAGCAGUGAGAAAGAUGCCAGCAAAGUCCGCAGGUCUGCCGAUACGUUAGUUGAUAUUUUGAGUGUUGACGCCAAUGCACAUGUUGUUGUCUUUUCUAACCAAGGAGGAGUCAUUACAGUACCGAGAGAUUCUAAGAGCUGCGUAAAGUAUAUGAACAAGAUCGAAACGAUCUUAAAAGAUCCAUCUCUUGAAAAAGUCCGAGAUCGUAUAUGGCUGUAUGCUUCUCCCAAAAGGCCUGCUUCUCUAUCAAAUAAAAAAACCAAGCCCGGGAAAAUCACAAAAGCCGCGCGUACAUUGCCAGAAAAAAAGCCUGUGGCAGACACUACUUACCCAUUCGAGACCAUGAGGAAGCCUAAUAUUGGUAUGUAUGAAGAGUUCAAGAAAGAUUUUCCUGGAGAGUUUGAAUUCGUCUACUACUGUGGAGAUGCCGCUGGGAGGGCCUCAGAUUUUAGUGACAGCGACAAGAUGUUUGCACAAAAUGUGGGCUCAGAGUUCCGUACACCUGAAGAGGUUUUUAUAUAG